GUUGUAACACUGCUGCCUGUGUGCUUCUCCCCUGCCCCACCAUACUUCCUGGAGACCCAACCCUGCUGCUGUCACACAUUUCAGUGAUGUCACAGCUCCCCUGCCCAGCAGCUCAGCAGCACCCAUGAGAUGCCCAGGCCGAGUGCUGGCUCAACUGAGAGAGGCAGGGCGCAGGCAGUGCCCAGGCCAGUCUUGCUUUUUCAGGAGUUGAGGCCUCACAGCCACAGCAUGAGUCCAUCCGAAAAGAAGAGGCCCAAGAAUAUAGUGAUUUUCAAGAUCCAAGAAAACAAACUGCAGGACAAGACAAAGCAACCUGCCAGCAAACUAAUUGAACGAGACCGACUUAAAAUGGUGUUAAGAAAUUUGUCGUUCUUGAAGCUACUAAAGAGCUCGAACCAUCGGAUCCAAGAGCUGCAUAGCUUGGCUAGAAGGUGCUGGAAUUCAAUAAUCAGAGUUCCCAAGAUGCUCCAAAUCUCCUCUGGGGACAGUGUCUGCAAGAAAGUGAAAGAAAAGAAGGAAGAGCUCCAGGAGGCUGGGUCCCUGAAAAAGCAACUGGAGUCCCAGAAAGUGGAGUCCAUAGGGGAACCUAAGGAGCUAAGGGCCAAGGAUUGGAAGCCCAAGGUGGAGUCAAAGCUGGAGAACAAGGCAAAAGAGUCACCUGUAGCAGUGCCAAGAAAACAGGAUCCUGAGGGUGCAAGGACAUCAAGGGGUGUUGGGCUGAGAACUGGAGUCCAGAGGAGGCAGAUCCGCCCUAAGGGUCCCAGAGUCCUCUUCUUGAAGGCCUAUCAUCACCGAACUCCCAUGGGAGACAAGAAGCAGCUGGGUGUGGGUGACCAGUGGGUCUGGUUUGAUGGACUGCCCACUCGAAUCCAUGUCCCAGGGCCUCGGGUCAUGUGCAGACCCUCUAGCUUACGCUGGGCUAAGCGCUGCUGCACCCGUUUGUGCUCUGCAUCACUUCAGAUGCCUAUGGGCCGAAAAUACAAGGUGGGUGUGGCGACACCACUGCAGGGCUGGGGUGAGAUGCAGAGCAAGAGCAGGGCUUGGGAUGUGGAGUCUUAA